AGAAGAGGAUGGGUGAGACCAAGCCAGAAGGUUUAUACCCUCACUAGGUUUCUUGAUUGACAAUAGCAGCUUGGUACUGGCAAGUCCAGUCAUGUGCUUAGACAAGCCUUUGUUAGCCUGGAUGCUGCCACAGCUUUGGAAAAGCAUGUGAGGGGAGGAACCAGAAGAGACAACCAAUAGAGGCUGAGUUAUUCUGUUUUUUUAUACAAACCUCCUCUUAAAGGGCUGUGUUCCGUGCCUCAGUUCUUUCCUCCUUCCUGUCUUCCAGAACAUGGACUCUGGGAGAAUUCCAAUGAAAUGAACUGGGCCCACAAGCUGGCAAGUAAUUUCAGCCCUGUGGGACUGUGGGGACAAAGGGAGAAGGAACUGCUGCUAUCACUCUAAUAAAAACUGAUGUCAGUCAAACAUCUAGGAUAUUGUGCUUCUGUACUGACAAUCUGAAAUGACCCACUAUUGCUCCACAAUAUGGUGCCCACAUUGUCAGUAGGAAAAAGGAUGGCAAGCACUACAUGAGGCUGCCAGAAUGUUGAUGGCAUCAGUGGUAGCAGUCAUGGUCUACAACAGUGGUUCCCAAUGUAGGGUAACCCAAGUAUUUUUGGACUGCAGCCUUCACUAGCAACUGUGCUGUCCAGGGUUUCUGAGAGUUUGUGCGCACCCUGUCAGCGGAGCUGGAGUUCCUUGUUAAUAAAGUCCAUGGGUUACAGCUCAGCAUAAUGGUUUCACCCUGAUGUCUUCUGUGUGUUCCUGUGUGACGGUCAUGGUCUCCUUUGUGGUGGCACUGAGAAGUCAGUUGGGCUGACCAUUGGAUCUUGCUUCAAUGUGGAGACAGGAAAGCAUCUUCCACCAUAGCUGAGGACAGUAGAAUUCCUUGGAGAAUAUGAGUAGGGGGAGCGCGCAGGGACAGGCGGCUGGUGGACCGAGCAACCCUCUCAUCCCAUCCCGCGGAAGGGCUGCCUGGAUUCGGCUUUGGGAUUCUGUGAACUCUUGCUCGAAGUGGAAAGAAAGGCUGACCCCCCUGGCCAAGCUGGCGAAGAGUUGAUGACCAGCCACAGUGCCUCUGCUGUGUGCUGUUGCCAUCUGUGGUGGUGCUGCUGGGCAUAUACAGAGGGAAGAUGGACUUCUGGACACAGCUGGGAUUAUUGCUGUGGAAGAAUUUCACCUGUAGGAAAAGGAAAACGAUCCAGCUGUUGCUUGAGAUUGCUUGGCCUUUGUUUAUCUUCUUCAUACUGAUCUCUGUGCGGUUGUCUUACCCACCCUAUGAGCAGCACGAAUGUCAUUUUCCAAACAAAGCCAUGCCUUCAGCUGGAACACUGCCCUGGGUCCAGGGGAUUAUCUGCAAUGCCAACAAUCCUUGCUUCCGCUACCCAACACCUGGGGAGUCACCAGGCACUGUUGGGAAUUUUAACAAGUCAAUUGUUUCCCGAUUAUUCUCUGAUGCCAAACGCUUGCUCUUGUAUAGCCAGCAUGACACCACUAUCAAGGAUGCAGAGACAGUCGUGGGAAAACUUCAGAAAGUUGGGAAAUCUUUUACAGGUGUGAAAAUCCGGGAUUUCCUAGUUGACAAUGAGACGUUCUCUGACUUCCUCUAUCACAAUAUUUCCUUGCCAUACUUUGUCAUAGAUAAAAUCUUGGAUGCUGAGGUCAACCUCCAACAGAUCAUCAAGUCUGGCUACCGAAUGAGUGUGAAGGACCUUUGCAAUUCGACCAGGCUGUCAGAGCUUGUUAUUAUUAAAAAUCCUUUGGUUGAUGUGGUCAGCAGUGCCUUGGUUUGCACCUUGCCUAAGGAAAAACUGGCUUCUGCAGAGAAAGUGUUUCAGUCUAAUAUAGACAUCUUGAAACCAAUUAUGAAAGGGAUAAUCUCCAAUUCAACUGUGGAAGACCUUAAGGGGACUGUGGAAACUUUGAUGGAGAGUCUUGGAAAGCUCCUUAGAGAGCUGGUGAGUAUAAAAAGCUGGAGCGACAUGAGGCAGGAGGUGAUGUUGCUGACCAACAUGAACACCACUGUUUCUUCUCCUGAGAUAUAUCAGUCAGUAUCACGAAUUGUUUGCGGCCACCCUGAGGGAGGAGGAUUGCAGAUCAAGUCUCUCAACUGGUACGAAGACCACAACUACAAAGCUUUCUUUGGAAGCAACAGCACAGAAGAUGAUGCCACUGAUUUCUAUGAUAACAGCACCACACCUUACUGCAAUGACAAAAUGAAGAUACUGGAAUCCAGUCCUCUCUCUAGGAUUAUAUGGAGGGCCCUGAAACCGCUGCUGGUUGGCAAGGUCUUAUAUACCCCUGAUACACCAGCAACAAGAACAGUCAUGUCUGAGGUAAACAAGACAUUCCAGGAGCUUGGUGUCUUCCGUGAUCUUGGAGGGAUGUGGGAAGAAAUAAAGCCGAAGAUAAGAACGUUCAUGGAAAAGAGCCAGGAAAUGGAUCUAAUCCGGACGCUACUGAAGAACAGACUCUUUUGGAACCACCACUUGGUAGGUACAAGUUGGACCAUGGAGAAAGUUUCUGUGUUCUUGGCAAAGCACCCAGAAGAUGUUCACCCUGUGAAUGGCUCAGGCUACAACUGGCGAGAGGCCUUCAAUGAAACUGACUUUAUUGUUAUGAGCAUAUCCCGCUAUAUGGAGUGUAUCAAUCUAGACAAACUGGAAGCCAUGCCGAAUGAGGGGCGGCUGAUCAACAAGUCCAUGGAGCUGCUAGAUCAGAGGCGGUUCUGGGCAGGCAUUGUGUUCCCUGAAGUUGCUCCUAGCAGCAAGAUGUUACCCCAGCACGUGAAGUACAAGAUACGGAUGGACAUUGACAGUGUGGAAAGGACAAACAAGAUUAAGGAUGGGUACUGGGACCCAGGUCCUCGGGCUGAUCCUUUUGAUGACAUGCGCUACAUCUGGGGAGGCUUUGCUUAUCUGCAAGAUGUCAUAGAGCAGGCAAUUAUCCGGACUUUGACAGGCUCCGAGAAGAAGACAGGUGUCUAUGUUCAGCAGAUGCCCUAUCCCUGCUACGUGGAUGACAUAUUCCUCCGUGUCACAAGCCGGUCGAUGCCCCUCUUCAUGACUCUGGCUUGGAUCUAUUCUGUGGCCGUGAUUAUCAAAGGGAUUGUGUAUGAGAAGGAAGCCCGGUUGAAAGAAACAAUGAGGAUCAUGGGCCUGGACAAUGGCAUCCUGUGGCUCAGCUGGUUCAUUAGCAGCUACAUCCCACUCCUCAUGAGUGCAGGGCUCCUGACAGUGAUCCUCAAGAAAGGAAACCUGCUGCCCUACAGUGAUCCCAGUGUGGUGUUCGUUUUCCUGUCUGUCUUCGGCAUGGUGACCAUCAUGCAGUGCUUCCUCAUCAGCACCUUCUUCUCCAAAGCCAACUUGGCAGCAGCUUGUGGCGGGAUCAUCUAUUUCACCUUGUACUUGCCUUUUGUGUUAUGCAUGGCCUGGGAGGACCACAUCACGUUCUCUAUCAAAAUCUUUGCGAGCCUGCUUUCUCCUGUAGCCUUGGGGUAUGGCUGCGAGUAUGUCUCUCUGCUUGAAGAGCAAGGGAUUGGGGUGCAGUGGGAAAAUGUCUUUGAAAGCCCCAAGGAAGAAAAUGACUUCAACCUGAUUGCAUCAACAUCUAUGAUGUUGUUUGAUACUUUGCUCUAUGGGAUCAUGACUUGGUAUAUUGAGUCUGUCUUUCCAGGCCAGUAUGGCAUCCCCAGACCCUGGUACUUCCCCUUUAUGAAAUCGUACUGGUGUGGUGAGAAGCCCAAGGAACAGCAGCUGCCUUCUGUUCAUGCAAAGUCAUCUGAAAUUUGUAUGGAAGAAGACCCAAGUCAUCUUCGCCUUGGGGUCUCCAUUCAGAACCUGGUGAAGGUAUACCGUGAUGGCAAGAAGCUGGCUGUAGAUGGCCUGACACUGAAUUUCUACGAAGGGCAAAUCACCUCCUUCCUGGGACACAACGGAGCUGGAAAAACUACAACCAUGUCCAUCUUAACUGGAUUGUUUCCCCCGACAUCGGGGACAGCCUUCAUCCUUGGCAAAGACAUCCGUUCUGAACUCAACAACAUCCGGCAGAACUUGGGUGUCUGUCCCCAGCACAAUGUACUGUUCGAUGAGUUGACAGUGGAGGAACACAUCUGGUUUUAUGCACGCCUGAAGGGGCUGUCAGAGAAGCUGGUGAAAAAGGAGAUGGAACAGAUGGUCAUCGAUGUUGGUUUGCCUCACAAGCUCAAAACAAAGACAUGUAAACUCUCUGGUGGCAUGCAGAGAAAGCUUUCAAUAGCUCUGGCCUUUGUAGGUGGUUCUAAAGUUGUCAUUUUGGAUGAACCAACAGCUGGUGUUGAUCCAUAUUCUCGCAGAGGGAUCUGGGAGCUCCUAUUGAAAUAUCGCCAAGGCCGCACCAUCAUUCUCUCGACGCAUCACAUGGAUGAGGCAGACAUCCUGGGAGACCGAAUUGCCAUCAUUUCUCAUGGCAAACUGUGCUGUGUUGGUUCCUCUCUGUUUCUGAAGAACCAGCUUGGGACAGGUUACUAUCUCACCCUUGUCAAAAAGGAUGUGGAUUCUUCUUUGAGUUCCUGCAGAAACAGUAGCGGCACGGUCUCAUACCUGAAAAAGGAAGACAGUGUGUCUCAGAGUAGCUCUGAUGCUGGGCUGGGCAGUGACCAUGAAAGUGACACCCUGACAAUAGAUGUAUCUGCAAUUUCCAAUCUCAUUACGAAACAUGUUCCUGAAGCCAAGCUGGUAGAGGACAUUGGCCACGAGUUAACGUAUGUUUUGCCAUAUGAAGCAGCUAGAGAAGGAGCUUUUGUGGAGCUUUUUCAUGAGAUCGACGACCGCCUCUCUGACUUGGGCAUCUCCAGCUAUGGCAUUUCUGAGACUACUCUGGAGGAGAUAUUUCUCAAAGUGGCAGAAGACAAUGGUGUGGAUGCAGAGACCUCAGAUGGCACAUUACCUGCCCGAAGAAGUCGUCCCUUUGGAGACAGGCAAAGCUGCCUUCGUCCAUUCACUGAAGAUGAUGCUUUUGACUCCAAUGAUUCUGACAUAGAUCCAGAGUCCCGGGAGACUGACUUGCUCAGUGGAAUGGAUGGCAAAGGAUCCAGCCAGAUGAAGGGCUGGAAGCUGACCCAGCAGCAGUUUGUAGCCCUGCUCUGGAAGAGGUUGCUUAUUGCCAAACGGAGCAGAAAGGGCUUUUUCGCCCAGAUUGUCCUCCCAGCUGUCUUUGUUUGCAUUGCUCUCCUGUUCAGUUUGAUUGUGCCUCCCUUUGGUAAAUAUCCAAGCCUGGAACUGCAACCGUGGAUGUACGAUGAGCAGUACACGUUUAUCAGCAAUGAUGCUCCAGAAGACACCGGCACACAGAAGCUACUGAAUGCUCUCCUCAGCAAACCUGGUUUCGGGACUCGCUGCAUGAGUGGGCACUCCAUCCCAGAUAGCCCUUGUUCUGUGGGAGAAGAGGAAUGGACCACUGCUCCUGUGUCCCCGGAUGCCAGGGAAAUACUGGAAAAUGGCAACUGGACCAUGGAGAACCCCUCCCCGUCCUGCAUGUGCAGCAGCGAGAAGAUCAAGAAAAUGCUACCGGAGUGUCCCCCAGGGGCUGGUGGCCUGCCUCCUCCCCAGAGAAUACAGAAUACCACAGACAUCCUGCAGAACCUGACGGGCCGCAACAUCUCUGAUUAUCUGGUGAAGACCUACACUGAGAUCAUUAGGAAAAGUUUGAAGAAUAAGAUCUGGGUGAAUGAAUUCAGGUAUGGUGGCUUUUCCCUGGGAGCCAGCAGCUCCGUUAUGCUUCCUCGACAUGAAGAAGUGAAUGAUGCCAUCAAGCAGGUGAAGAAAAUCCUCAAAACAGUCAAGGGGGGUUCUGCAGAACGAUUUCUUAACAGCCUGGGGAGCUUCCUGAAGGGCAUGGACACAAACGAUAACGUAAAGGUGUGGUUCAACAACAAGGGCUGGCAUGCCGUGGGGGCCUUCCUCAAUGUCAUCAACAAUGCCAUCCUCCGGGCCAACCUGCAAGAUGGAGAAAAUCCUACAGACUACGGCAUCACGGCUUACAAUCAUCCACUCAACCUCACCAAGCAACAGCUCUCCGAAGUUGCCUUGAUGACCACCUCCGUGGAUGUUUUGGUCUCCAUCUGCGUCAUCUUUGCCAUGUCCUUUGUCCCGGCCAGCUUUGUGGUUUUCUUGAUCCAGGAGCGAGUCAGCAAGGCCAAGCACCUGCAGUUCAUCAGUGGCGUGAAGCCGGUGAUUUACUGGCUGGCUAACUUUGUAUGGGACAUGUGCAACUAUGUCGUUCCUGCCACCUUGGUGAUCAUCAUCUUCAUCUGCUUCCAACAGAAAUCCUAUGUGUCUUCCACCAACCUUCCAGUGUUGGCUCUCCUCCUCUUGCUCUAUGGGUGGUCCAUCACACCCCUUAUGUACCCAGCAUCCUUUGUGUUCAAGAUCCCCAGUACAGCAUAUGUGGUGCUCACCAGUGUGAACCUCUUCAUUGGUAUCAACGGAAGUGUCGCUACUUUUGUCCUGGAACUGUUCGCUAACAGUAAACUGAACGACAUCAACGAUACCCUCAAGUCCGUGUUUCUUAUCUUUCCUCACUUCUGUCUGGGCCGUGGCCUGAUUGACAUGGUGAAAAAUCAAGCGAUGGCUGAUGCCUUGGAAAGAUUUGGCGAGAACCGCUUUGUCUCCCCUCUUUCCUGGAAAUUGGUGGGACGGAACCUUUUCGCCAUGGCCGUGGAAGGGGUGGUCUUCUUCCUCAUCACCGUGCUCAUCCAGUACAGGUUCUUUAUCAAACCCAGGCCUGUCAAUGCAAAACUCCCACCUGUGAUUGAAGAGGAUGAAGAUGUGAACAGGGAAAGGCAAAGGAUACUUAGUGGUGGUGGGCAAAGCGACAUCUUAGAAAUCAAGGAAUUGACCAAGAUAUACCAAAGGAAACAAAAGCCUGCUGUGGAUAGAAUCUGUGUCGGAAUUCCGCCUGGAGAGUGCUUUGGGCUCCUGGGAGUGAAUGGUGCUGGAAAAUCCUCUACUUUUAAGAUGCUUACGGGAGACUCAGAUGUGACAGGAGGAGAUGCUUUUCUAAAAGGAAACAGUAUUUUAUCUAACAUCCAAGAUGUCCACCGGAACAUGGGAUACUGUCCACAAUUUGAUGCCAUUAAUGAGCUGCUGACAGGAAGGGAACACCUGGAAUUUUUUGCACUCUUAAGAGGGGUUCCUGAGAAGGAAGUCCACAAGGUUGGCGAGUGGGCUGUUCGUAAACUCGGCCUUGUCAAAUAUGCAGAAAAAUGUGCCGGCACCUACAGUGGUGGGAACAAGCGCAAGCUGUCAACUGCAAUGGCUCUCAUUGGAGGGCCUCCUGUGGUGUUCCUAGAUGAGCCAACAACAGGGAUGGACCCUAAGGCCCGCCGUUUCUUGUGGAACUGUGCCUUGAGUGUCAUCAAGGAGGGAAGAUCUGUGGUCCUUACAUCUCACAGCAUGGAAGAAUGUGAAGCCCUGUGCACUCGAAUGGCGAUCAUGGUCAAUGGGCGGUUCAGGUGCCUCGGCAGUGUCCAGCACCUGAAGAACAGGUUUGGAGAUGGCUACACAAUAGUAGUGCGAAUAGCAGGGGCAAACCCUGAUCUGAAACCUGUUCAAGACUUUUUUGAGCUUGCCUUUCCGGGCAGUGUCCUGAAGGAGAAGCAUCGCAACAUGCUGCAGUAUCAGCUGCCGUCCUCUCCAUCUUCUCUGGCUAGAAUAUUUAGCAUCCUUUCCCAGAACAAAAAGAGACUCCAUAUAGAAGACUACUCCGUUUCCCAGACUACACUUGACCAAGUAUUUGUAAACUUUGCCAAGGACCAAAGUGAUGAUGACCACACAAAGGACUUGUCAUUACACAAAAACCAGACUGUGGUAGACGUUGCAGUUCUGAAUUCCUUCUUGCAAGAUGAGAAGGUGAAGGAAAGCUAUGUAUGAGCAGCCCUUUUUGAGAAGGGUGCAGCAACUCUAGUACUGAGCAGAGGGGGAGAUAGGACUCCUUUCCAUAGCAUGUGGAGGGGAUCUUCCCAAGAGCCAAGAGUCGGUGGAUACAGAGAGGAAGACAAUAAACUGGAUGUUCUACUGGUAACCAUUCAAUGCAAUGCAACUCAAUGCAAAGAAAACAAUAUUCCAUUGCAGAGGCGGUGCCUCUUGGAGAUGUUGCCUUGUUGUAUAGUUCAUUAGUGAAAUAUUUGAAUCUAGUUGUUCCUACAUUAUAACUCUGUGAAAUCCUCGUAUGGUGGCACCUGCUGCUAUAUGGUCUUCUACCAUACGUCUCUUUCUUUCUAUUUCAGUGUUUUUUUGUCAGAAGUUGCAUAACAAUCCAGACAAUGCUUGGCCAGUGAUUAUUUAUUUGCCAUGCCAAGGGGUGCACAGCCCUUUGUGUGGGGUGACUGGGGUUGCUUGGGUGCCAUCUUCAUUGCUGGCAAUGAGAACACCACAGUAACCACUAUAGUGUCGCCAUCACACAACUGCAACGUUGUUUUUAAGUAUUAGCUGCUGGCCUGGUUAACCUACACAACAUCAGGGGGACUUGCACAAAACUAUCAAUGGUCUUAACCAUGGGCCAGGAAGCAUGUUGCCUCAAUACUUGCAUCCACCUGAGUCAACAUUUUUUAUGAAGGUGUACCAGAGUCAAAUAUCAACCAUACAAACAUUCAGGGGAAGGGGGGGGGAGCAGUUCUGUUGCAACUAUAUGGUGACCAAUUUACUUAUUCUUCCACAGUGAUUUUGUGGAACUGUCGCUGUUUUCAACUGUUACUAUUGAAGACUCAUGUUUAUCUAUUUCUUUGCUACAGUAUUAUUUAUAGAUGUGACUCAGCAAUGUUUGUGGAGCUCUGUGCCUGCUGUCCUAUCAAUCACUGUUCAUAUCAAUCAUUGUUCAUGUCAUGUCCCUAUUGCCACUAAAAUCUUGAUGCACCAAAGCAUCAUUUGUGCAGACUUGAAAAGGAUUUUUCUAAUCUAGGAAACACACCUACCCGUUUUCAGCUACCAUAAAUGUCACAGCUUAAAGGUUUCCUACACAUAAAGACUGCCAAAUCAUGCAACGGCCACGUCUUACGCUGCACAGCCAACCAAAUGCCUUUUAAGCUGUAAAUUGAACCGGGAGGAAGAGCUCCACCCAUCUUAGCAGUCAUUUUCUGCCCUUCGCUUGCUCAAGAAGGCACAACUGUUGCACUACCCCUUCCUGGCUAGACUGCAGAAAAAUAAUCCAGAGUUGGGGAUGAGAGCAACAGUCCCAGUGAGCAAAUGAACAUUUAGGUUCAAUUCAAAAAGAUGAGAUAUAAGUUGAUGCUUAAAAGAUGUCUCGCAAAAUGACUGCUCAUUAGGAAGAAGCAAGGCUUUUAAAAAUUAAUGUAAGCAGGUGCAUUUAUAAAAACUGUUGGCAGCAGACAUGGCCACAAGUGCCUCUUCAUCAGCCUGGAGAGCCUUAAGAUCAACAAAAAGGCUUUGUAUCUGCAGAUUCAGCAGGGACGAUCUUUGAAUCCUGUGCUACGCACAACCCUGAAGAGAUUAACUGCAACUGUUUUGAAGUACAUGGGGCCUGAUUUUGGAUCCUACCUCCUCUUACUCCCCUUUCUGUUCCCCACAGCUCACCCCACCCCAACUGCAAAACUGUUGCAGCUGUUGCACCUCAACAGCUCAGUAGGUGUUUCCCCUUCUAAUUAGCAUUAUCUGACAAUUUUGAUGCACAGAGAACUUUACUGCUUUUACACAAUGGUCACCAUGGCUUAUUUUAAGAUAAAGCAGGAGACCCAGUCCUUCAUCACACCAUCAGGAGUGCUUUUUGCUAUACUGUAUUAAGAUAUACCUGCAAUUCUGUGCAAGAAAAAACAUAAUCUGACAAAGGUUGUGUUAAACUUUGUCUACUCAAGAGAUGUCCACUCAUGAGAAGGCUCUUCUGUAUUUGGGAUGCUUAUUCCUAUGUAAGCAGUACAGGAUUACAGCACAGGUGGCAAUCCUGUUAGCAUUUACUCAACAGUUAGCCUUACAGAAUACAAAGGGGCUUAUUUCUGAACAGACAUAUAAAGGAUUGGAUUGCAAGCCCCAUUGAUUUUAGUAGGAGAAAUUGAAACACGUUUGACUCUUUCUCUAGAAGCAGUGGUGCUUAAAAGUGCUUCAUCGUAGGAGUGGGGAUCCAUGCUAAUCAGUUUUGACCCUACACCGAACACUACCACCCUGUAUGUGGUACAGUUGCCUCAACAUCUAUAAUGCUUCUUUGUACAACAUUUCCUGUCUGUUGGUUGUUAGCCAAAAUUAUCCUUGGUGCUUAAUGUGUUAAACAAACCACUGAUCACGUGUUGAGAACAUAUACCACUUUAAUAUGCAGGGGUGAAGUUUCCACCUACCCAUUGCAGUAUUUGUACUGUUAGAGAGCCCCUGUUCCUUUUUGAAAAACAAAAAUACUGAAGAUUAACAUGUAUUAUUGUGCUUUUUCCUUCUAUGGUUUCAAUCUCCCCUCCAUUUAAUAUGGUUGGUCCUUCAUUCCAAGCACUUUACACUAGCUGUAAUGGGAUCUAUUUUUGCACUGGAAUGCCGUUAACUUUGCAAAAACCUAGAACCAUUUAUCUCUCACACAAUUUAAGUUAAAACCUUUCAAUGGUCAUUUUUAUGGAAAAAACAAAAAAAUAUAUAUUUGUAUUUCUAAUAACUAUUUGUGAAAUAUUGAUAGGCAUUUGUUAAUUGCCUUGUAUCCAGUAAAGAAAAUAAAUAAUAAAGUGUUGGUUGUCUACAAAUGGUUGUGCAUGUACUGUACAAUUGUGGCAUAAAGCUGUUUCCAAGUUAGAAGACAUUUUUGUUUACUGGUACAUCUAUACAAUACUGAGCAUCUCAACUUUGGAAUCCUGUUACUACUUCUUGUAUUCUGUCCUUUGCUCCCACAUUUGAUCUUACAGGAUGAAAACAUAAGGGUGCAUUUAAUUUUUACUUACAAGUCACUCUGUUCAAUGAGAAGUACUUACAAAUAAAUCUAUUUAGAAUUGAA